AUGCCUUGGGGAAUCCUCGAGAGCAAGUAUGAGGGAAAUGUCCCUGGAACAGUAAUACUCACGGAUCAGUCCGAUAUACCAGACGAAUACCGAAACGUCUCUCGAGAGCUGCUCAAACAUGGUACCGGCAAGUAUUCCAAUAUUAUAUUAACUCCUCAGCCAAGCGACUCUCCCAACGACCCUCUUAAUUGGCCGACAUGGCGCAAGGAUGUUGUUCUUGUUAUCGUAGGCCUCUCCGCCGGAGUUGUGGGCGCGUAUGGACCGAUGAUUUCACCGGCUUGGGUAGUUCUGACGAUUGGGCUCUCACUCUUCGUCUUCAACCCGCUGGCAAAAAAAGUUGGGCGGCGUCCGGUAUAUGUGAUAUCGAGCAUCAUUAUGCUCUCCGGAAGCAUCUGGGGAGCCCUUGCGAAGGAUUACAGUAGCUUCCUGGGUAGCAGAGUAUGGAGCGGCUUAGGAAUGGCACCUUACGAGAUCCUCGUACAGUGCACGAUCGCCGACAUCUACUAUGUCCACCAACGGGCUACUAGAAUCGCCGUCUGGAAUAUGUUCUUGUUAUGUGGUAUCAGCGGAGGUGCUCUUAUUGCCGGUUAUAUUAUCGAGGACCAAGGCUGGCAGUGGACUUUGAUCUGGUGUGCCAUAAUCUUUGGCAUGCUUCUCCCUUUCGUGAUACUCUUUGUCCCCGAAACCGCAUAUAGACGGCAGUCGUUUGAGCAACAGCUAGCAGUUAAAGGCGCCAACAGUCAAGAUGCUAAGCCAGAGAUUCCAGAGAAGAAAGAUGCCUCGUCCGGACCAGAGGAUAGUGCUAAGGUUGAAACGAUAGAGACUGGUGUGGUGACUGAACGCAAAGAUUCGUAUCUACGAAGCCUAAAACUUUGGAGUGGUACUAUUUAUACCACCACGCCCCUUUGGAAGAUCUUUUUGCGUCCGGUCGUCGUCUUCUUCUAUCCAGCCGUACUUUGGGCAUUCUUGCUUUACGGGGUCACCUUGACUUGGAUUGUGGUAUUCAGCGUCGUAAACGCAGUCAUCUUCACGGCUCCACCGUACAAUUUCUCGGUAUCAGAAACAGGGCUGAUCUCGCUAUCCCCCUUUAUUCUCACCUUCGUUGGUGAGGUCUUAUCAGGCCCAUUGACCGAUUGGGUUUGUAUGUAUCUGGCUAAGAAGAAUCGUGGUAUCUACGAACCCGAGUUCCGAUUACCACCGAUUAUUAUCUCAUUCUUUGUUGGUAUCGUCGGCUUCUUUGGAUUUGGCGCUACUGUCCAUUAUCAAACUCAUUGGUCCGGGCCGGUUCUAUGUUUUGGUUUAGCAAACAUGAGUCUUGCCCUAUCUAACUCAUCUGUUUUUGGUUAUGUGAUCGACGCUCAUAAGGAGUUAAGCGAAGAAGCAUUCGUGGCUAUCAAUGCUCGAAAUAUUCUGACUUUUGGUUUGACUUAUUUCGUCAACGACUGGCUAGCAAAAAAUGGAGUUCUCGCAGUCUUCAACGUACUCGGUGCCGUAUUUGUUGGCGUAAACGUAUUGACUAUUCCUCUAUGGAUUUUCGGCAAGCGAAUUAGGGAGUAUAUCGCUAGGAACGAAGCGCUGCACCGGUUCAUGCACGAAGAUUAG